UGGCCGCCUCCAUGGAAGUCAAAAUAUUUGCAGUCUCGCCCAUUUCUAUCCCUUUUCUGUCUGCAUCUCUUGUCUUGGAGUAUAUUGUUAAGUAAGAUAGGUUAAUUUUGACAAUUAUGGAAGCCUAAACCCAUACAAAAAUGGCCACUUUUUGGCCUCCCUUGUAGGAUGGCCUAAAGGUGCUUUGGUUUUGUGAGAGGACACUUACUAGUAUUAGAGAGCACAAGUAUUAUCAAUUCUGUUUUAUCCCAGGGAUCAAGUGUCAUCCCUUUUUUCGUAAUUGGAUUUAAAUAAUUAAAUGUACAAAAGUAACUUUUACAAUGCCUGUUGAGUUAGCAUGUGGACCAAAGUGCUCUUCCUAUAAUCAUGCAUUGGAACUGUUGGCAGCAGUUAUUAGAGGGAACACACAACAAAUUAAAGCAUACUGCCAUCAGUGUUAUAACUUCCACACUGCAAGAGAUAUAUGGGGAAGAACAGUACUGCACAUGGCAGCUUCUUGUGGGAAGUGGGAGGUUGUUGAGUGGUUGCUACAAGAAACCACUGCAGAUAAAGCUAUAAAAGACACAGAAUCUGGAUGGACUGCCCUGCACAGAGCUAUUUUCUAUGGUCAGCUGGCAGCAGCAAGGAUACUUAUCAUGCACCACUCUCCCAUGCAGUCCCGUGAUAAUGAGAGUCUAACAGCUCUAGACCUUGCCAUGAAAGACAGACUGCCACAUGUGCAGUUCUCAUCAAAAGAACCCAGUGAUGUGUACAGUUGGGGAGAUAAUGCUAACUUCAAUCUUGGUCAUGGAAAUGAACAGAGAAGAAACCCUGAGCUACUAGAACUAUUCCACAAAGGGAAUAUUAGCAUCAAACAGGUUGUGAUGUGUAAGUACCACACAGUGUUUCUGUCUGAUGGGGGCCAAGCGUACACUUGUGGACAUGGUAGAGGAGGCAGACUGGGGCAGGGACAUGAACAAACUUGUCUACAGCCCACCUUAGUGGAGGCACUGAAGACUGAGGUGGUCUCCUUGGUAGCAGCUGCCAGAGAUCACACUCUCAUGUUGACAGAAAGUGGCAUUAUUUAUUCAUGCGGUCUGAAUGACAGCCAUCAGUUAGGACAGUACCCAGCACCAGAUAAAAGUCUUCUUCCAAAGCAGAUGAACCAUAAACUGCUGAAAGGAAAAGUGAUAGAGGGGAUCUGUACAGGUCGCUUUCACACUGUGAUUUAUACCAGGGAUGCUGUCUUUACAUUUGGUCUCAAUGCUGGACAGCUAGGUCACAGUAAAGGUGAUAGAAUUUGUUCUCAGCCACGCCAGGUGUCUCCACUGAACCACAAAGACUUUGUAAUCAGCCACGUUGCCUGUUCUGAUGCAGCCACAGUGUGUGCCACCAAGAAGGGAGACAUAUAUGCCCUACAUGAAUACCAAUGCAGGAAAAUAGCUUCAAGGUGGUUGGACAUAGUCCAGGUGGCAGUCAGUGGAGGUCAGCUUGACUACAGCACUGCCCAAGAGAUGUUGAGAGAGAAAGGGGGAAACGAACUAGUUGUCAUGGUUAGGACUACAUCAGAAAAGGUGUUUGUGUGGCGUUCCUCCAGUCCCACUAUGAAACGCUGCAUCUGGUCUCCUGGAAGACAAUUGGCUGUUGUGGAUGUUACCUUGACAACCUCCAACAUUGCCAUUGUUACCAGUGAUGGGGAGGCUUUUCUGGGCACUUUUUCUCAGCGUGCUAAGAAGGCAGUGUCUGCAAAAGAUUCAAAGCGAGAGAUAUCAAAAGACAUGCAGUCCAGCAUCCCACUUUUAGAUGAUUUUUCAAUGCUAUCACUGUCAGACUUGAUAGACAAAGACGACACUGAAGAUGUCACAUUAAAAAGACUGCCAAACAUCCACAGGGCCACACAAAUUACUGCUGACAAAAAAGGAAGAAACUUUUCAGUGCUUCAAAACUUACCAAAUGCUAAUUUAACAGAGCUUCCAGACUCUGAUAUCUCUGAUAUAGGCCAGCACUUGCAGACAUUAUUAGAUGAGGCAGACCUUGGUGAUCUUAUCCAUGAUGCCGUUCUACGAAUUGGUAGCAAUGAAGUCCCAGUUCACAAAUUUAUAUUAGCCAGCCGAAGUGAUUAUUUCCGAAAGAUUUUUCUCUCAGAACAAGAGAAUGAUGUUCCACCAACUGUUCACAUUGAAGAUGUUGAUUUUGAAUUGUUUAUGCAUUUAUUAAAGUUUAUUUAUACUGAUGACUGUGAUCUGUUGAAGAUAGGGAACAGUUUUCAAUUGCAAACUGCACAUGAUCAAGAAAAUGUUGCAGUUGAGGACACAAACUUUAACUCAGGGUUUAUACAAGUGCCAAAUUCCAAAAAGAAAAUAUCUGCAUAUGAAAUGAGAGAAAAGAAGAAGGGGAAAGAUAAAGAAAAGGGCAAAAAAGACCCUCCAGUAGAUGGAAGUGGUAAUAACCCAGUGAAGCAGCUCCAUGAGUUGGCAAAAAGAUUUGGAGUCCAUACAUUAAUGAAAAAGCUUGAUGCUGUGAAGUAUGUUGGAGGAAAAAUUAUGUCCAGUGGAAAGUAUCUUUCACCACCUAGACCCAGGUUUGACAGGAAGAAAUAUCCCAUACUGCGCGAUGUGUGUAUCAAAGCAGACGACAGCCACACUGUGCAGGCACACAAGUGUAUCCUGGUGGCCAGACUGGAGUAUUUCCAUAGCAUGCUGGCUAGUGGAUGGGUGGAGACCUCCAAUACAGAAGCCCUGACCUUGCCAGUCCCGGGAGAUAUUCUCAGCGUUAUUAUUGAUUACCUCUACACGGAUGAGUCUGCCAUUAUUUCUGACACAGACAACGCAGAGCUGCUAUGUAACAUCUUGGUGGUGGCUGACCAACUGUUGAUCACCAGACUAAGGCAGAUGUGUGAAGUUGCACUGGCACAAUUAAUCUCACUCAAGAAUGCUGCUGAAUUGUUGGAGUUUGCUAGUGUGUACAAUGCAAGCCAGUUAAAAUUAACAUGCCAACAAUUCAUCACACUAAAUAUUGCUGCCAUCUUGGAAGCCAGAUCUCUUGAUGUAGUCAGUGAAAGUACAAUGGAGGAACUCACAAAAUAUUACAGAAGAACAGUUCCCAGCAUGUGUUACCGUGUGAUCACACCGUAUACUACUGGCCCAAGCUCUGAGGAGCUGGAGGCACUGGAGGAGGAAGGGUCGCUUGAUGGCUUACAACUUCAGAAGGAAGAGAAUUCAGCAAAGAAAAAUAAAACAAAAAGGAAAAGGACGAGGACUAAAAGUUCUGGUGAAGAGUCCCAGAAGAAUGACAGAAGGGAGACCAGGUUGUCUAUCUGUUCAGAUGCCAGCUUGGAUGACAGUUUUAUCCAGGAGGAACCCUCUAAAGAGGAGUCGAUAACCAAACCCAAGGCUGUGAGCAGUCAGCCCAUGGAUAUUCCAUUCCAAAGGGCUCCCCGUGCAGUUUGGGGUCCUCAGUCACCACCUGCAUGGGGGUCUAAAGGAUCUGUAGAAAAUGUGGCUGUGUUUCAGUCCCCACCUCGCAAAGAGUCCCAAGAAAUGCAUCCUGAUGCUGCAAGUUCUCCACCACAGUUCAUUUCACCAGGUGGCGCCACUUCACAGGUAGAGGUCUUCAACAUGAGACAGAUCCUUGCAAUGGAGUUGCAAAGUCAACAAGUGCAGCCGAUGGGUGUAGUUAAAGCUGUUGGACAAACCAAACAGACUCCCAAAAAAUUGUCUCAGAAAGAACGCAAGCGACAGAUGCAACAUCAGAAGUCAUCAGAAUCUGAGGGUCAGGAUAAUUUGUCUUCAUCAGUUACUAAAGAAAAACCACAGCUGACCAACCCAUGGAAUUCUGUGAGCACAGCUGUUCCGUCCUUCAGAGAUCUGAUGCAAGCUGACGUUCGGGGAACCCCAUCCAAAUCUACCGAUUCAGGUGUUGAUGCAAAUGUUGGGAAAGGUGCUAAACCCAAGGUGCUAACUGACAGAGGCGGAGGAGAUAUAUCUUUCAGCUGGGGCCUAACUGGGAGUUCUACCUCUAGAGGUACCUCCAACAAGCACCCCUCCCAGAGCCCCACCAGCCCCACCUCCCCCAGUAGUAGCCCCUGGCAGAAAAAACAGCCAGGAGAACCCAGUGUCCAGGAGGAGGACAGGCCACUUCACAAGACUGUCAGCUUUAGUCAGAUCCUGAAAGAUGAAAUACAGCAGCGAGAGACCUUGCAUAAAAAUACAAAGAAACCUCUGGCUCUCAUUCAGAUGGAAGAACAGGCCAUCCAGGAAUUGCUAGCUCACUAUAGAGCUUUGGAAAACAGUGAUGAGCACAUUACCAUAGAGAGAGUGAGUGACACUGCAGCAGCACCUAUAUGGGCAGCCCACCAGAAAAAUACAUUACCAUAGAGAGAGUGACUGACACUAGCGACACCUAUAUGGGCAACC